AUUUAUUUUUGUUCAUGGGGAGAUGAUAAUGGAGGGCGCACUGUGAUCAUCAAUUGGUUGACUGAUUACUGUACACAAUAUACGCAUAUGAAAACAACUUGAGGAAAAUAAAUAGACAUAAUGAACUUAUCGCAUACAAGUAAAUUUAAAUUACCAGUUCUGGUACUUCUGGCAUGUCUUCUAUACAUCUCUAUGAUAUUGCCGAGGGUAUAUAUGACAGGGGGAAAUCCGAAACCAAUAGUACCGAGGAAAAUACAGUCUACUGAAAACAAACCUGGCGAGACUUCUCUGGAUUGUGGUGAAAUCUGUAGCUAUGAAGUGAAAGUUGAAGAGAAGAGGAAAUACUAUCCGUAUAUCCGGAAAACCGUCAAAUGUGGUUCAAUAAUGAAACGUAUGGCUCUCAAUCCAGCAACACCAGCGGUACCACCUCAGAAAAUCCCAGCAGAAUUAUAUGAUGCGUUUACACAAAAUGGGGAGCUUCCUAAUAAGAAUUAUUGGUACAUUAAUGACAAGAAGUCAAUUUCAAGGGUCAACAGAGAGAAAUAUUUUUCAAAGGAAGCAAUAGAACAACUAAUAAAAAACGACAAGGCAGGGAAAAUAAUUGGGACGUAUGACGUACAGGAACCUAAAAAGUCAAUAACCGCAUAUAAAAAUGAAAUAAGUAACAAUCGUGGAGUUGUGAUUGGAUCCCAAUCACCCUGGCUUGAAGCAUUGGCCUUAUCUGCUGGUGCAAAACACAUGACAACACUUGAAUAUAACAAUAAUCCGUUCCUUCAUCCUAACAUAACCAAAAUCCAUCCGUAUGAUAUGGCAAAAAUAUACGCAAAUGGUAGUUUCCAAGAAUUCGAUUUUGCAUUAUCGUAUUCAUCAAUUGAACAUUCUGGAUUAGGUCGCUAUGGAGACCCUCUGAAUCCAUAUGGAGAUCUUGAAGCAGUUGCGCAAGUUUGGUGCAUGCUCAAACCAGGGGGAUUAUUUAUUCUUGGACUUCCAGAGACACAUAAUGAGACAUCUUAUUUGCAGUUUAAUGCUUUGAGGAGCUAUGGCCAUAGUCGACUCAAACAUUUAACUGCAAAUUUUGAGGUCAUUGACCGUUUUAUUGGAUAUAAACGAUUUUAUCAGGGUAUUUGGGUUUUAAGAAAAUCACAAUGAACCCCAGUAUUUGAUAAUUUAAGCACAACAUUCAAUGCUUCGUAUGUGACGUACAGAGUGUCAAAUAAGUUUUGAACAAAAUACUCAAUUGACCGGUGUGAAAGAAAUGAAGGUCCCCCAGGGAUUAUGGUCCC